AUGUCUCUCAAGAACGACUCUUUCCCUGCCUCUGGAGCCUUUGAUGCAAUCAACGAUACCCUUAAAUCCUCCGAUGCUGAGCGCAAGGACGCCGUCAAGCAAGCCAAUGCCGUAUUCGCCUUCACGCUGAAAAACAAAGCCGGCGAGACGGAGAGUUGGCACAUCGACCUCAAGAAUAAGGGGGAAGUUGGAAAGGGAUUAGGAGAGAAGCCAACAGUAACCCUCUCUCUAUCAGACGAAGAAUUUGGCAAGCUGGUCUCUGGGAAAGCAAAUGCACAGAGACUCUUCAUGUCAGGAAAGCUGAAGGUUAAGGGAGAUGUCAUGAAAGCUACAAAGAUGGAACCUAUCCUCAAGAAGGCUCAAACCAAGGCGAAGUUGUAG